AUGGCCGACCCUACGCUCGUGCCACUAGCUCCAGGAGGCGAGAAAUGGCACCUCGCGACGUCUUCACUUAAUGGUGCCCACCAGCCUAUUGUUAAUGGGAACCAUCAACCCGUCACUCCAUCGCCAACGGCAACGGCAAAAUACCCGCUGUCUUCAUUCUCACAGGUGGUGGCGCCACCGAAACGAACGGCCUACCGUCUGUCAUCGCAACUGCUGGAAGAAGACGUGCCGCUUCUGAUGAGAUUCAUGCACAAACCUCUGAGAGCACUGCUGGAGUUGAAGCGGGCCCUGGACCCAACGAGACGUAAUUCCUUGAUCAACGCGCAGCGGCUGGACUCCUCCGAACCGGUGAACCCAUCCAGUAGAGGUGCUGCCUCUGCUUCCGAGCCUCACGUACUGGUGGGUGAAUCAUUGUCUGAAUUACACUUGGACGGCCAGAACACCGAUAUCGAUGACGUGGAUGAAGAAGAGGACGAUGAGCCUCAAUCUAACCAGCGAUAUCGACUUGUCCGCAAAAAAUCGGGCGAGAUUGUCAAGCCUCUGUUGAAAGAUACCAUCGCAGCCAUUAAUCGGCUGCGGUCACUUCCUCUGACCCCCACAUAUAAGCAGGUGCACUUUGGCGGCGACAAUGAUGUUCGGUACUUCAAGCAGAAGGAUAAACCGGCGGCUAUUCUGGCGCAAAACUCGCCUACUCUUGCGGCUGACGAGGGCUACUUCGCCGGAUUUGCCUCAUCCGACGAAGACAGCGAGGCCUCUGAUAACGGCUACUUGGGCCGUCUGGCGCUGUAUGGCAGCGAAUACCAGCUGUUUGACGAUUACUUGGAUGACGAGCUCAAUUCCCACAUCGACGCCACUUCAUCUUCUAAACGUUCCAGCAGAAAGUACCGGGAUCACUCGGAUAAGACGCAUUACCCUCGCAUAGAAUGGCAAAUGGAGUUGUUGGAGUUUCCACAACUACUGUACCAGGAAAAGAUCAUGUUGCGCCACAUGCCGGUGUUUUUGGAGCAGACGUUUUUGUCAAUCGAUAAGAAGUAUCUCUUGGGCCAGAUCGCCGUGAGAAACCUACUGUACGAGAAGAACGUCACCAUCCGCUAUACACUCGACCAUUGGGGAACCAUUGUGGAGAUUCCCACUAUAUACGUGCCCGACCCUCCCGCAGUUUUGCGCACCAACAACUACGACCGCUUCGUGUUCAAGAUCUUAUUGGAUCUGCUAUUCGAAGGCUUGACUCUGUCUGAUGAAGUGUCACCAGGCCGCAGAGAGCGCACAUACGAGUUGUGUGUUCGUUAUGCUUCCCCGGAUUUUGAAUACUGGGACAAUAACGACAACAAGAAUUACGUGAUUAAGAUUUUGCGUUUCGAGAAGCCAGUGGAUACCCCUGCUCCGAAGACCAAGGUACCAUCAGCUGCACGGUCCAAGCAGCAAGCACACAUCAAAAAGCCAAAGUAUUCGUCCUCGUACUUGAAGCGUAUUGUAUCGGAGCCGUCGCUUAGUAAGAGCGCCGAAACUUCCCACGCUUCGCCCAAACAGGCAGAGUACAAUGAUUUCGAGCUGAACAACUAUUACUUGUCAUCACCACUCUUGCUGAGCCUUAAUAAUAAGGAUUUGGACGAGCAUCCGUUCAAGAACUACACACGGCUGGCCCGUGACGUGGUUGAAAAGCCGACGCCAUCCCCUGCGGUGCGUUCUGCUACUAAUUUGGAGUCGGUGGAUCCAUUUUCCUCCUCCGAUGAUUUGUCUCCUAACGAGGACGAGCCCCGUACUCACGACGUCCCCAAGAUACCCGUUUCACCAAAACCCACCCGGCAUAAACGCAUUGACUCAAUGUCGUACAAGGAGUUGUUGGACUCAUAUUGCUUCUUUUCUGCGCCGGCGGGAGAGAACCUGUCCAGUACUACCCUUGUGCUCAGCGAUGAGCCUAACAUGUUGUAUGAAAAUGGUCAUUCAGACUCUCAACCUAAUAGAAGCAUAGAACCGGAUAAUGCGUUUACGGUGUCUUCGUUUUUACGCAACUAG